GUUUCUCUAGUUUCGUUGCGUUAAUUUAAUUUCGGUUAUUUAAAAUGCCUAAAAAAAAAACUGGCCAGCGAAAAAAAGCAGAAAAACAGAAGUUGAGGCAAAAAGAAAUUCGAACAGCUCGGGAAAAUGUCGCUUUAGCCGCACACCCUUCCAAUGCUCCCAUGGAAUGUGAGCAUUGCCACAGGAAGCAAAAAAAUAGAGCUUUUUGUUAUUUUUGUUCCACUGUUCAAAGACUCCCUGUUUGCGCUCAUUGUGGAAAAAUGAAAUGUAUGCUCAAAACAGGAGAUUGUGUCAUACGACAUGCAGGUGUAUUCACUACAGGGCUUGCUAUGGUUGGUGCUAUAUGUGAUUUUUGCGAAGCUUGGGUCUGUCAUGGUAGAAAAUGUCUUCAAACACAUGCAUGCAGCUGUCCUCUUCAAGAUGCAGUAUGUAUCGAAUGUGAAAGAGGAGUAUGGGAUCAUGGAGGCAGACUCUUCAAAUGUUCCUUUUGCGAUGGAUUUCUAUGUGAAGAUGAUCAGUUUGAGCACCAGGCAUCUUGUCAAGUAUUGGAAUCAGAAAAUUACAAAUGUCAAUCCUGUAACAAAUUAGGACAGUAUUCAUGCUUGAGAUGCAAAACAUGUUACUGUGAUGAUCACGUUAGAAGAAAAGGGUUCAAGUAUGAGAAAAACAAGGCUAUUCCAUGUCCAAAAUGUGGCUAUGAAACUUCCCAAACCAAGGAUCUUAGUAUGUCAACUCGUAGCCAUAAAUUUGGUAGACAAGCCCAAACAGGUAUGGAUGAAGAUGACGACUAUGAUUAUCAAGGUUCUUAUUCUGGAUAUUAUGAAGUUGAGGACAAUGAAUUAGAAGACUCUACCGAAUCUUAUGAAGAGAGUAGUGAAGAUGACACUUCAGAUGAAGAGGAAAAAUGAAUCAUUUUGUUCUGAACAUGUUUCCAGUUUGAUUUUCUAAGUAUUAAAUCUGACAUCCACAA